ACCCUCCAACUAUAAAUGAGGGACUUGGGCGACGAUAGCGAGGAGGAGGACUUCAUCUUCUCGCUCUUUGAGCUCCGAUAUCUAAAUCUUUUCCCUUCAAAUUUAAUCAAAAAUUUUCUUUAUUGUAUGGCCGCCAUCUCGAAGGGGCAAGUGAUCGCUGGAAGCUUUGGCAAGCGAUUGGCGAACCAGAUCUCGGCGGUAAAAGCUAAGGAUCCUGCUUCUAUCCAACGAUCAUCUUUGAGGAGCGUGGCUUACUUCUCGUCGUCAUACGACAAGAACGUCGACGAGCACGUGCGGCCGGCGGUGGUCCCGGACCAUGUGAUCUCGUCGGAGUCCGACAAGUACUGGUGCCCGCACCCUAAGACCGGCGUCUUCGGCCCUGCUGACUCCAGCUCCGGUGUUGAAAAACUUAAAGAUCUUAAAUCUGUUUUCUAA